AGGUUGCGUUCAGUAGCUGAAAAUGGAAGGUAUAAAUCAGGUUCCUGCGGUGGGAGACGUUGCUUCUCCUGGGAACUUGCUUCAACUGUGGCUUGUGUUUCAUGGGAUGAUGCUCCUGCGUCAGAGAAUACUACAGAGCCAACGGCUGCCUAGGUAGAGACCGAGGCGAUAACAGAAGCCCUUAGAGCCCCGUGUUCCCACCUUGACCAAAACACGUUGUUGGCUUCCACUGAAUGUGUAUCGCUGUCUCCUAAGACGACAUGAGACAGUCUCAUUUCAUCUUGUGUGGAAAGCGGGCUAUUCACCCUUUUCGGCGAUUCUGGAUGUUGAUUUCGCUCAUCCGAACGACGCUCUCUUGGGUUGUGAGCAGGCGUUCUAGGUUGAGAAAAGGCAGUCUCCAAAGCCUUGAACGUUGUCCCAGACGCGGGAAUAUAGUCAGCCAGGACGACAGUGAGACGAUCCAAAAGUUCGUGCCGCUCGGAGUCGUAACUCGUUGCAACGGUCACAGGAAAUCCCACGCAGGCUCCUCGACCACACUUCCUCAUCCAUUUCCUACGUAUCUCUCGGAUAUCUUUAGCGAAACGGCCGAAGACAAGCUGAAUAUCAUGCUCGCGAUGCCAGUAGAUGAAGCGGGGAUGCGGACGAAUUUUUACGCUAAAUUCAGUGCCUUGAUCGUCGAUGUGAAGGCAUCCAUGCGUAUCCUGAAGUUCAAUUGAUGAGUGUUGAAUAAUUGGACGAAUUUGCGACCGAAGUCAUCAGAACUCAGGCUGUUCCUGUUAAUGGUAGAUGUGACCGCUGUAGGUGCAGCUGAUGGAACCAUAUUUGAACGAAGGUUGACCCAAAGUAACCGG